AUGGCACAACAUCGAAAGCCCGUCUCAGCAGUCAAUGAGACCGACGCAUGGCUCGGAGACCUGUUUAUCCAACCAGGCGGUGGAAACCCGAAAGCCAACGAUCCACUUGUCUCCGAAAGAGAACAGGAUGACAAGAGCAUCAAAAUCGAUUCGGCCGAACAGGCACAUCAGUGGCAGACCGGCCGCCGAAAGCGAGUGCCCGUAGUGGCCGGCUUGGCUAUUACGACAACUUUGAUCCUAUCAUGCACCAUGAUCGUCAUCGUUUUCCGCGCCGACGGAUCCCGGACUUCGAACUGGAAAGUCUCGCCUGCCGUAUUAUCGGCUGUUGUUGCCACGUCGGCGAACAUCCUCAUCCAAAUGGCGCUCGCCCAGGGCAUCGCGGUAUCCUGGUGGAGGAGGAGCAUAGUGAAGCCAAGCUCGGCUCGAGACCUGCACACUCGAUGGGUCGUUGGGCAAGGAUUCUUCGACGCCAUCAAGGAGAGCAUUCUCCGCGGCCCCAGCUUUGCUGCUACGGCUAGCAUUGUGGCUACGGUCGUUGCCAUCAACUCGCCCCUCAUUCAACGGGCACUCACGCCCGCCGUUGACACAUUUUAUACGGAAGAUGUCGACUUUGGAUCUGUCAAAAUCGCCAAGUCUCUUCCUCGGGGCUACUCAGGGGUUUGGGAUCACGAAACUCGGACGAUAGGAUUUCCGACCUGGGAUUUCCAGAACUCGGCCACCUCAUACCUUCAGCAGUACAACAUCCGCUUCUUCUCUGUCACGGACUAUCCAUACUACAACGGCUGUCACGGCACAUGUUAUACGACGAUAAGAGGACCCGGUCUGUCCUGGGAUUGUAAACAGUCCUACAUCGACUACGAAGACCUCACCACCUCCCCUCACAACUUUGACAAUUUCACGGACGUCCUGCUCAGUGAGUUUGAGUACAGCGAAUAUCCAAAUUACACGGUUAGCUCUGAAGGAUCGAACAUGACCACGGCGACAAAGGAUGUGCCACGGAGUUUUACGUACAAGUCUGUAUGGAAGCCAACCUCUGGCUAUCCGGACAGUGAGCGAGGUAUGAGAUUGAACGUCAGAGAAUGCACAAUCACCCCUGCAACUGUAGACUAUCCAGUAAGGAUUGUCAACGAUUCGAUGGAAUUGGGCGGUUACACUCCUGGGUACGACGACUUCGACAAAAGCCGGGUUGUUUCUACUGAGACAAUCGAAGAGAUGCGAGCGGAUGUUGAUCCCUUGGUGACUUCUGAACACGGCUCUUCAACCUACGGCGGCAUCGCAUCGUUUCUCAGCAGACGUUUCGAUUCUCGUGUCAGCGUAAAGCUGAACAACGGCUCCUGGACUCAGAAAUCAACCGGACUUACGGGAUACGACGUCAUGUUUUGGCGCAAUGGUACGUCUUUGCCCGAAAUAUUCGGAGACCCGAGUCACGAUGUCUUCAUGGCGACGCGGGACCUGAUGUUUCGUGCGGCCAUCUACUUCCCGAAUUCAAGGCCGCUCUGGGCCAAUCACACACAGCCGAUCAGCGGAAACCAGCAAGAAGUGGCGGCCAUCUACGUCGCCAAUUAUCCGUUUCUUUACGCGGCAGUAGCCAUCACCAUAAUCACCGGCCUGCUGAUCACACCGCUCUUCUACGGCUUUGCGGACUUGGGCAGGAAAGUUUCAAUGUCUCCACUCGAGGUUGCGAAGGCGUUUGAUCCGGUCCAUCUGCGUGAGGCAGCCUCCAACUCGGAUGCUGAUGGCCUGCUCAGAGCCUUGGGUAACAAGCAAAUCAACUACGGCAUCAGUCACUCAUCGGAUAAAGAUGACUCGUCGACGCUUAUUAUGGGAGCGUGGGAAGCUGUACAGAGACCUAAGCCGGGUACAAGGAUUGAAAGGUGA